CUUCCCGCCUCUACAUUUGGCUCCGUCAGUCAAAGGCCAAAAACAAGAUGGCGGGAUUCAGGAGCUGGCUUUUCAUUUCAGCAGUCUUCGCUGCCACCUUGUGUGAGAUCAGUGCCGAAAUCAAAUUUACCAUUGCUGUGGGGAGGUUGUUUACAUAUGAAGUGAUGAGAGAAAAUUUCCAGAGUGACUUUGAUUCCUACUCGCAAAAACUCUACAAAGCCGGGGUCCUCCAUAAUGACCCCAUGAUCUUUAAGUGCAACCAGCAGGGGUAUCCUGACCUCCCAGAGUGGCUCCGCUUCAUCCAAAGGCGUCCCAGUGAGAAUGGCUUCCUGUACGGCACACCAACGACUCCGGGAAAAACCUUCAUUGAGAUUUAUGCAAUCAACAAAAACAGCUAUGACACAGCAAGAGACCUUCUCGUCAUCAAGGCUGUUCCAGAGAAGAUGCUGCCUUACCAAGCGGAGUUCUUCAUCGAGCUGAGGGAGGUUGAGAAGGUGCUGCCCUCUUCUGUUCAAAGUGAGAUAAAGCAGGAUCUGCAGAAGCUGUGGGACAAUGAGGCGCUGGAAAUUGUCAACAUUACCAACGCCCUUGACCGCGGAGGCAGAGUUCCCCUCCCUCUUGCAGGACACUAUGAGGGUGUGUACGUGAAGGUGGGGUCAAAGAAGUACUUCUCCAGGUGUCUGCAGAGAGUGAUGACGCCACAAUACCAAAGGCAGUGCGCAGGAGGGGACAAAGUGAAGGUACCUGGAGAAUGCCACUUCUGCAAAAUCCCCAGCAACUGCAUCACCUGGUGCAAGACGAAGCUGUUUGACCGAACAAAGAUGGAGCCCGCGCCGCCUGCUCCAACAAUGGGCUCCGGGAUAUUGGAGGACGAGGGUUACUUCGACCCUCCGGAGUCUCCCCCGAGCAGAGACUACUUCCCAGAUUACAUUGUGACUGUGAUCGUGCCCCUGAUCAUUGCCGUCCUCCUGUGUCUGCUGCUGGCCUACAUCAUGUAUGGCAGGCGUGAGGGGGUUGCAAAAAGGGAUGCAAAAACAGACAACAUCCAGCUGUACCAUCAACAAACCAUCCAUGGGAACACUGAGGAGCUGAGAAGCAUGGCCUCCCAACGAGCGGUCCCUCCUCCUCUCUCUACGCUGCCCAUGUUUAACAGCCGCACAGGAGAGAGGGCGUCACCGCUGCAGUCGGACAGCAUCCCUCUCAUCAUGGCCCAACAGGAUCCCUACAGUGACACACUGCCCAGGAAGUGAUGUCAGUCACAGAUAAAGCAUCUUUGAAGCUCCACAAAGUAAUUAACUUUGCUUCAUAUACACAAGUUUUUGGAAUGACCUAUUUGCAGCACAAUUAACCAAACAACCAGUUUAUCAUAUUGUUAUUUGCUGUUCAUGAUUUGUGCUUGUGUUUUCUUUUUUCUGUUUUUUAGCUUAUUCUAUAUUGUUUUGUCCAUUUCAAGACUUAUUUCCUGACCUUUGAACUUGUUCCUUGUAGUAAUCAAAUUAUUAUGUUCACUAUUAUUGUCAAACGAUCCCAUCCUCUUGAGUGCAUCAAGAAUACCUUUUCAAAUUAGGUGAAUAAAUGAUUAGUGCAGGCAAAAUUAUUGUUUUGACAUUACAUUGUCAGCUGCAUCUAAGCAUUUGUAUUCAGUCCCCGACAGAAACCUCUAAAUAAAAUCCAGUGCAAUAA